AUGGCGGGAGAAGUGGAUGGAUUUGGAGCCAAACCCGUACGUCACUCAAUCACUGUUGCGUCUGCAAAGGCUCUGCGCUUUGGCUACGUGGUUGAACUCGCAUCGAUAGCAACCAGGGAUCCGUAUCACACUCAUGUGAGGGAUAUUUCCAGCGCCGACCACCAGUGGCCACACUUACGUUGGCUAGCCGAUUUUAUGAACAUCGGCACAGUCACAGCACGGUGGCAGGAGAAAGCUGCCGAAAACGAGUCUGGUUCGAUAGCGGAACGAAUGUUGCGCACCAACGUAUGCUUGCUCGAAUAUUGUAGGGACCAAAAGCCGCCCCAGUGCACAUUAUAUAAGACCCGAGACAGCCUCAAAGCGGGCUUGGCUGGCUUGAAGCCUGACCAGAUUCUUACACUCCAUCUCUUCGUUGUAGAGGACCUCUCGCGAACCGUCAUUGAAGCACUUGGUUACAAGUUUGGUGUAGAACCUGACUUCUUCCGCGAGCAUCUAUACGCCUAUGCCUGGAAUAAUCCACGCGAUCCCUGGAAAGACGCCGCAACCCUCGAGGUUGACCUUGAAUAG